UUGCAUUGCGGUUGUUUUCUAGGCUGUCGGUCAUAAAAGCACAGCCCCCCCUCCCCCGCCACUCGUUUGCAAUUACUGGUGGAGGGACUGUAACUGUUCAUAUUUGCAUAGUUGCUUGCCUCUUUCCUCGCGGAUACUGAAAAAUGGUGCAAACUAAGGAAAUGCAUUUACUGGCAUGCUAGAUUUUUCUUCCCCUCUCACUUCCUUUCUUUCUGGGGUUUGUCUGCAGAAUUCGAAGAUCCUACCUCUGUAGGCGAUGAAUAGCCGAGAAAGGGCAAAGACUACAACUUUCCACUGCUGAUAAUACUGUAUACUGGAGUGGCUACCAGAUUGCAGAGCGGAGGUUUAAUUUGGGGCUUGCUCAUUGGUGACGAUGAGGAACGACUGGUCUGUGGCCUUCGCUGGCGUUGGCGGGGCAGGGAACCUUUUAAGAAGCAGCGAGCCUGUCUCUCUCCCCGCAGCGGUAUCUGAGGCGGCUUCCUUCCUGGAAGAAGCUGCUGAUCUCCUGGUGAUGCACAGGGACUUCGCCGCUGCCGUGGAGAGGUGUGAGAAAGGUUGCAGGAGCCUCAUGGGGGGCCUAGAGAGCGACGACUCCAACAGCUCUGAAGAACUAAAAUGCUCGUUAUGCAUCGUGGGUGUCCAGGCCCUGGCAGAGAUGAACAGAUGGAGGGAAGUCCUCCCUUGGAUCCUUCAAUACUAUCACGAUCCUGAACAUUGGCCUCCCAAAAUUCUGGAGCUCUGUAUCCUCUUACAUAGCAAAGUGGAAGAGCCUCAUGUGAUGCUUGAAGUUGGCAGUGACUGGAUACGUUCCCCAGCCAAUCAGCAUGAGCCUAAUUAUGGCCUGUUGGUCCAGCUACAUCUCUUCCAUGUCUUGUUGCCACUUGGACGCUUUGCAGAGGCUGAGAAGUUAGUCCAGGGCUGCAGCGCACUGAGCGGUGAUCAGCAGCUGGAGGUGCACGAGAGAAUUCAAGAGAAGAAACAUCAGUGGCUGCAGCGGGAAGAGGAAUGCCCAGUGCCUGAGGGACUGCCAGAAAUGGCAUGGACGCAGCGGUCAGGUUCAGUGUCCCAAAAAGUGAUGACUGUACUGGCACAGCUGGGCAGAGUGCUGGGAUCUCUAGCAGGCCAGCUCUGCUCCAUCUCCUACAAAAAGACACUCCUAGCUGCUUUCAUGUUGUGUGUCAUUGUAGUGCGACUUGAUCCAGCAUCUCCCACCUCUCUGCCCUUCCUGUACAGGCUACUGCAGCUUUUCCAUCAAGCGCGGAUGGCUGCAUUUCCUCCACACCCUUGGCCUCCAAUUGAAGACUAAGUAGCUCUACUUGAGGAGGAUGAAACCUCUCUACUUGAGGAGAGAUUACGGAACAACUGUCAAAUACAAGCCAAUCAAGGCAACCUUUCAGUUGUGGGGAGGGAGAAAACAGCGCUGCAGUGGCUUCUUUAAGGUGUAGGCAUCCUGUCAGACAAGGAAGGCAGCUGCAGGGCUCAUCUGUGCUGAAUUUUCUUCUAGCUGAUGUCCUCUGUGAGUCAGAGUUGGGGGACACUUCCUUCCUAUGGGAAUGUGCCGCUGAAGCUGCACUCCUAAAAAGACCCUUCCUUGAACAGCUGCACUUACUUCCAAGUAAAUAUUGGGAUAGCAGCUCUGGAGGACUUCCACUUCAAGUCAUGUUACUUUUCCCGCAAAAGAGACGUGGCGUGUUUUCUGACACGGACUGACUGCAGCUUCUCCUAAUGCAUGACAUCUGGGCCAAAAUUCCUUCUCUGUUACGAACCGUGAGUGCUUUUGCAGGUGUGGACAGGACCAGUGCUUUAGAGGAAAAAGUAGUCUUGGGUGUAAUGCUGGUGGUCUUUGCUUUGGUAAAGGAUCUCUACCUGUACAGCGAGUGGAGCAUGGGGCUGUCAGAUCUGCUGCUUUUAGGGUAGCCAUCUUUGCCCCUCCCCUCCCAUCGAAGUUCCUGUGCCUGUAACAUCUCUGAGUAGCAUGCAAAACAUGCCAGCAGCCAAACCUUUUCCUGACAUUAAGUUGGAGCAAUGAGUUGCUGCUCUGGUUGCUCAUCACAGAUAAUGGAUAAAGGCACAGUAUUUGUGCCAGGAAGGAAAAGAUGCCAAGUCUUCUGGCUUCCUCAUAUUAACAGCAACUAAACCACCAUGACAUGCAGGCUAUUAUCUGAAAAAGAACUGUGGUAACUUUUGCAUGUUUGCUGGUGCAUUCAGUUUUGUUUUUGUUUUGUUUUCAAUAGCUUGGUGAAGGGACCUAUUUUCAGUCUGGGAGGAACAUGCAAAAGUUAUAUGAUAGACAGAUAUUUUAAAGCAAUUGUCACUUGACCAUAUGUCAUGUACAUGUAAGGUAACAAAAGUGAAGUAGGGUAAUUUAUACAUCAGAAAAUGCAAUUGUCAUCCUUGCCAAGGAGAUGAUAGCAGAACAGUAACAAGGAAGCAUCUAAGCACCCACACUGCUGCAUUGCUAUGGUAGUAGCACAAUUAAUAGAAAGCAGACAUUUUGUGGGUCUGCAGACCAAAACCCUUGAUCACCGGAAAAGUUUGAUUACCAGGUAUUUUUAUAACUCUGAAUUUUAGAGCUGUUGCUGAUUGCUAUGUAUGAUUUUUAAUUUUGUUCUCCUGGUUUAUACAUGUUUUGUUAACUUACUCAUUUGCUUUUAUUUUUGUAUAAAAUCUUUACUAUCCUUGGGACCAGCUGGAGCUCCCAAGACAGUUUGGAAUCACAAAGAAAAAAUGUUACAUCAUACAGAUGAGGUAAUAUAAUGAAAAAGAGAGUAGAGCACAGCAAAAAGAGUGGAGUAAAAUAUCACUUGCAAUACCAGUGAGCAACAUGUCAAGCAAGCCAAAAACCUGCCAAGAAAUAAAGACAUUAAGAGACCACUCAAAA